UCAUUUGAUUAAUGCUAACGCCUAGUUACUGUCGAUCUUUACACAUUUGAGGACUUUUAAUGAGUAUUAUAAUGCGAAUAAAGUCCCAAUUUUAAGUACGUUUAGUGUAUGAAAAGCACCUCCGAUUGAUCCGUUGCAGUAGAAAUUUACGUUCGCACCGGCCUAGAUAUUGACCUUACCUCCAAGCCUGACAGUUUUCUAUUUAAUAGGGGUAAAAAAACAUUGGUAAGAAAAUGGCACUGAAAGGUGUUCGGGUUAUAGAGAUGGCAGGUCUUGCUCCAGCCCCAUUCUGUGGAAUGAUUUUGUCUGAUUUUGGUGCAAGUGUUACAAGGAUUGAUCGGACCCCAGGAAAACGUCAAGCUAUAGUUCAUGGUUUAGAUACUCUGUCAAGAGGAAAGAGGUCAGUUGCAGUAGACUUAAAGCAGCCUGAAGGAAUAAAUGUUGUGAGAAAACUUUGCUCAAAAGCUGAUGUUGUAAUAGAACCAUUCAGAAAAGGUGUUAUGGAAAAACUUGGACUUGGUCCUGAAAAACUGAUGGCAGACAAUCCUGGACUGAUCUAUGCAAGACUAACUGGCUUUGGACAGAAAGGACCUCUUGCUGCUAAGGCCGGCCAUGAUAUCAAUUACAUAGCUAUAUCUGGAGUGUUAUCCCAGCUUGGAAGAAAACAUGAAAAUCCCUACCCACCUAUUAACCUGCUAGCUGACUUUGCUGGAGGAGGUUUGAUGUGUGCACUUGGUAUUGCAAUGGCAUUGUAUGAGAGGACAAACUCGGGUCAAGGUCAACUCAUUGAUGCUAAUAUGGUGAAUGGAUCAGCAUAUCUGUCUACAUUCCUGUGGACUUCCAGGGACAUUCCAAUCUGGCCAGGUAAAAGAGGUGAAAACAACCUAGAUGGCGGUGCUGCAUUCUAUGGUACAUACAAAACCAAAGAUGAAAAGUAUGUUUCCAUCGGACCACUAGAACCACAGUUUUAUGCAGCACUUUUAAAAGGUUUAGGUUUAUCAGAAGAUGAGAUGCCACAACACACAGAUGCAGAUAUAAUGGAGAAGCGAUUUGCUGAAAUUUUCCUGACAAAAACACGAGAGGAGUGGACCAAAACUUUUGAGAAUCUAGAUGCAUGUUUUGCUCCAAUUCUUGAAAUGGAUGAGGCCCAGACACACGACCAUAAUAUAGAGACUGAAAUAUUUUUGACCAAUAACAGAGGAAAGACGGAACCAGCACCAGCACCAAAAUUAUCAAGAACUCCGGGUGUUCAAACACUGGAGAAACGACCAAAGAUUGGAGAACACACCCAGUCAGUAUUAAUAGAAAAUGGAAUGAGUAAAACUGACGUGGAAAAAUUGUUACAAGCUGGCAUAGUGUUUCAGAAUGCUCAGUCUAGUGCUAAAUUAUGAUUUCAUAAAACUCGAAACUUACCAAAAAUUUCAACACCAUUUCUUAUGUGCCAAAUGCCAUUAUCUUGUAUUCUGUUUUAAAUGUACAUUAGUAUAAGGCAUGCUAUGCAAUGAUUAUUUUCUCAGUAUAGUAACAAUUGAAAAUUGACUUGAUUUAAUUGAUUAAAUACUGCAAAUUAUUGGUUACUGUGGAUUGAGUAAUUUCCAUGUAGGCAAUUUUGUGGUUAAUAGCCUCAUAUGCGGUGUUAAGAAUUCAUGGAAUUCGUGUUUUAGGACAUGAUGCUGAUUAAUAUGCACAAAGAUUUUUGAAUUUGCAAGUGGCAUUAUUUGCAAAUAUUAGGAAAAAGACAACCACUGUCAAUAUUAUACAGUCUACAGUAAUCUGAAUCAGACAGGACUUUCAGCUAACCUUGUGUUUAAAGACUGCAAGGUUUUGAUGUCUUAAAUUCAUUUGACCAAAAAGAAAUAGACAUAUAAUUUUGGUUAAUAUUUCCUUCAAAAUGCUGAGAAGUGCUUUUUAAAGUAAGGACAACUGCUUUCUUUACUUGAAAGGUUUGAUAAAAAUAAAGACAAGAAUAAUGUCACACUUUUACUUUUAUUGUCAAAUGAAUCGGCAGAUAUUGUGUUUAAACAAACCAGAAAAGAAAGGAUUUGUUUAGAACUAUAUAUGACACCAAACAUAUAUAAAGGGUGUACCAAAAGUUUGUUCCUGUUUGUUCUGGUUAAGCAGAAAGCUAAAUUAUUUUAUGGAGAUGUAAAAAAGACUACCUGUAAUCAUUUUUUGGGUUUUGCUACUGAUUAAGUUCAGAUGAAUGUAUGGCAUUUGGUGAAAAUUUGCCCUGGUUCAUACAUUUUUUUGUAGAAAAUGGCGCUUUUUACUAAAUUUUAAAGGUAUAGGCCAAUUGCAGACUUAGAUCAGAUGAUAGUGGGCCAAGGGAUUUCUGUCUUCAUUAGUGCAGUUGGCUAUAAUGACUUUCACAAUAUGGUUCCAAUAAACAAGAGUCACUGUUUAUUAGAAAAGUCAGCCAAUAUUAUGAUUGUAUUCAGUAAGUGGGAAGAUCUAGGAAACAAUGUACUUUAUCAUAAAAAAACUUUACCUAAUAAAUAUGUGAUAACUUUAAAAUUUAUGUCUAUUUUUUUGGCACUUUUUAUUAAAGAAAAAUGUUUUUGUCCUCACAUAAGUAAUAAUAAAACAAUAGAAACUUAUUUAGGACUACAUAUAUAUACAAUUUUUACCAUGUUUCUAGGAAGAAAAGCCUUCAAAAAAAAAUCAAGUUCUGUCUGUUACAAAACUGAUAAAAAUGAAAUUUAUUUCAGUCUUGCAUGUCAACUUUAUUCAGAUUGAAUUUAAAUCAUAAUCUGGUGAACAUUUGUUUGAGCUGAGCACAAAUUCAAAGGGUUUUAAAGAAAAAUGUGACAUUCACACAUCUGUAUUUAACUGCUAUCUGAAUAUUGUAACUUAAUGAUAACAUUUGCCUAAGACUGAAAGCCACAUGUACAUUUCAAUGUUGUAGAAUAAAGCAUAAAAUGGUACACUUUGUGCAACUUAUUAUUGAAAUUGAAAAUUCAGUAUAGAUUAAACACAAUGAUUUGUUUUUAUCCCAUUAUGUUAUAUUCUGGUAAAAGUGAUUGCAUGCUUUAAUGAGAAGAUCAUUUUACCAUUUUUGUAAGUAUUAUAUAUGAAUAUAAAGGUCACUUUCAUUGGCAUAACUUUUUUCAUCAUUAUGAUAUUGGCAGAUAUUGUUUGUCAAUAAAACCAAAUUAUUGAGAUUUUCGUAUAUAGUGAUGUUAAUUAUGCAUGAAGUUAAUCAUUUGUUGACUUUGAUAUCUAUAAUUGUUAAAGAAUGAUAUGUAAUUGAUGUAAAAAUAAAUUUAUAAAUGGAA